AUGGGCUGUGGCUCUUCGCGUCUCAAAGGGGACGAUAUUCCCGACCUCAACAGCCAAACGGUCAAGACCACAACGACAGCAUCAGCGGUCCCACCGAUGGGAAAGGUGAGAACCAAUUUUUCAGAUAUCGAUUAUGAGCAAGACGGCCACCCGCGGCGCAUGACGGAAUAUGCACCACACGAAACGCCAGCUCCAGUCGGAGAAGAGCCGCGUGACUUUUCGGCUGAACAGCAAGGCGCCGGCUACGAAUACGAACAGCAGCAGCAGCAGCAGCAGUAUCCGAACAAUGAGCUGGCGUCGGAUCGACCGGACUUGGAUCCUGGUUCAUCAGCAGGGUUUCCUCAUGAGAACGCUGGAGUUGGCUCAAACGCCGGGCAAGGCGAUCCCGACACGGCAUUGAAACCAUAUCAAACCCUCGACGGGGGCGAUUGGGACAAUGACAAUCCCAACUCUUAUUCCAACCCGCAGCGGCCAGCGGGUAUGGAUCCUCGCGGCUACCAGGAUCCGAACGAUCCGACGUCCCGCGACGCCAAAGACGCAUUCGCCAGGGCAAACAACCCUGCCAACCCUACGGAUCAAGAUCACCACGCCCGCCAAGGGACUGGUCAGCGUGACUCGGACCGGAACAACGAUGACCGCGCCCGUCCAGAAGCUGGCUAUCGUGACUCGGACCGCACGCAUGAUCUUGACCAGGACCGAAGCCAUGAUCGCGACCCAUUGUAUGUACAUCACCCCAACAACGACAAUGACUUCGACCACCAGAACCCGGACGUCCACGAUCCCCAGUCCGGGCGCAAGGGAUCCUGGCUCGGGCAGAAGUACGCGUCCUACCAGGCGGCCAAGCGAGGCGAGGGCCCAAGCGACGAGGACGUGAUGGAGUAUACGGGGAAAGGCAGGGAUGAGUUGAAUGACUGGGCGCGAGAUAGGCCCGGUGUAGGCGGAAACCAGGCGGCCGGCCGGGUGGGCACGGACAACGGAUUGGCCGCGGGAGCGAGCUGGAGUUAA